AGAAAUAAAAGAUAUCAUUGACGCGUGCUUUGCCAAAUAUUCAAAGCUCGCCAAACCUCCGUUUGAAAUGCUGCAUAAGCUUUGGAUUUGAAAAAUCAAUAAAUGAGACAUCAUGUUGAUUCUCGCUUCUUCUUUUCCUCCAUCUUCAACGCACUUACGUUCUCUAUAUAAUCUAGCCACGACGUCCUCUAUAUAAUCUAACCACGAAAGUUUUUCUCUCGUUCAUGAAGCAAGAAACAGUAUUCACAAGAACGAUCUGUUAAGAGAGCCCGAGAUCGCAGAUGAUGGCAAUAGUGAGCAAGGUGUAUUGCUUGCCGACGGAGGCUGCCCUGGUCGUUCGGAGGAGGCCGCAUGCCGUCAGCGGUGGAGGGUUCGUGGUGACGGAUUGCAGCAGCACGCGAGUGGUUUUCCGGGUCGAUGGAUGUGGAGUUCUUGGCACGAGCGGCGAGCUUGUCGUGAAGGACGGAGACGGGGACGCCCUCCUUCUCAUCCGCCGCAAGGCAGGAGGGAUCGUGCAAGCAAUGAGCAUCUACAAGAAAUGGAAGGGCUACACAUAUGACUAUGAAGGUGCCCAGAAGCUGGUGUUCAGCAUCAAGGAGCCCCAUUCAUCAUCCUCAUUAUCAUGCUUCUCCAGGAGCUCAUCAUCUUCUGCCAUCAAAAUCUCCCUGGAGCCCAGGAAAAUCAACGGUCCAGAUGGGAUCUUCCACAUCAAGGGCCACUUCCCUGGUAGGGAUUGUAGCAUUGUUGACUCUGGAGGCAACACAAUAGCACAGAUACAGAAAGAGAUGGGCGAAUUGAUGGCAAGCAAAGAUGUGUAUCGUGUGAUUGUAAAAGCGGGAAUCGACCAAGCCUUUGUUUGUGGAGUCAUUGCUGUUCUUGACCACAUCUAUGGCGAAUCCACCGCCUGCUGAAACGCCAGAACUGCCCAAAACCCUGAUAAACAGUAUAUUUCACAGUCUGGAAAUUGCCCAAGAACACGAGAGAUUAUACUAUCUUUUCUCUCCAACAUUGUCAAUUUAUUCAUGUAAACACGAGUAAAGAUUUUUCUCCCACAAAAGAACUUAAGUAUGAUACUGGUACAUCUGAUUCUUGAAAUGUCAAAGCAAGUCUUGAUUAGUGUAUUUGGAUGAGUAUGCCGAGUAGGACGUCUAUACUGUCGUAGUUUAUACUGUACUAGUUAACCACGCAAAGGUUGAUCGAACUUCUUUCUUUCUUCUCAAGAUUUGACCAACAAAAGUAGCUUAUUUUUCUUUUCGGCUUUAAUUAUAGAUGACCUGGAUGGUUGAACAUUUAUCCACAAAUGAACCCAUCUGAAACUUUUCAGCAUAAAUGCAACUUCGAUGGA